CCCGCCAUGAGCUCCUCUCUCUCACACAUUCCCACAGCCUAUUCUCUCCAACCCUCCGCACGCAAAGCUUUUCCAUUUCUUCAACCCCUAGGGUUUUGCUGCCUCAAAAAUCUCGGCGCAUCGACUUCAAAAAAUUCUCAAUUACGAACACUCUACAAGAGGUCGGUGUUCCCUGUAGAGACACAACUCUCCGACGAAGAUGAUGAAGAUGACGACGACGACGACGAUGAAGCCGCUGAUGAAUACGUCGUCGGCUCUGGUGAAAUUUCCGAUGGAUUUGAAGAUAUUGAGGAUGAAAUUGAAAGUUCAGUGGUGGAUGUUUUGGAGACCAAGUCGAAGUUUGAGGAAUUCAAAUGGCACAGAGUUCAGAGGAUCUGCAAUGAGGUCAGAGAGUUCGGUGAAGACAUUAUCGAUGUCGAGGAACUCGCUUCUAUUUAUACUUUUCGCAUCGAUAAAUUCCAGAGAUUGGCGAUUCAAGCUUUUCUGAGAGGUUCUUCAGUUGUGGUUUCUGCGCCGACAAGUAGUGGAAAAACAUUGAUUGCCGAAGCUGCGGCAGUGGCUACGGUAGCUAGAGGAAAGAGAAUAUUCUACACCACUCCUCUUAAGGCUUUAUCUAAUCAGAAAUUUCGUGAGUUCCGUGAGACAUUCGGUGAUAGCAAUGUCAACGUUGGUCUUCUGACUGGAGAUUCUGCAGUCAAUAGAGAUGCUCAGGUUCUAAUUAUGACCACAGAAAUUCUUCGCAAUAUGUUAUACCAAAGUGUUGGAAUGGUUUCUUCUGGAAGUGGACUUUUCCAUGUUGAUGUGAUUGUUUUGGAUGAAGUACAUUAUUUAAGUGACACAUCUCGGGGUACAGUUUGGGAAGAGAUAGUUAUCUAUUGUCCAAAAGAAGUUCAGCUUAUAUGUCUGUCAGCUACAGUUGCAAAUCCAGAUGAGUUAGCUGGUUGGAUUGGUCAGAUUCAUGGUAAAACGGAGUUGGUUACAUCAUCCAAGCGUCCAGUUCCAUUGAAUUGGCACUUCUCUACAAAGACAGCUAUGUUGCCUCUUCUUGAUGAGAAAGGAACAAGCAUCAAUAGAAAGUUGUUGCUGAACUAUAUGCAAUCUGAUUCUUCAGGAGUUAAUUCAUUCAAGGAUGAGGGAUCUAAAAGAAGAACUUCGAGGAAACAUGAAAGGAACAUAUCUCCUAUUUCAAAGAAUGAAAUAAACACCAUUCGCCGUUGUCAAGUUCCUCAAGUUGUAGACACUUUGUGGCACCUUGAGGUGAGGGAUAUGCUUCCAGCUGUGUGGUUUAUCUUUAGCAGGAAAGGAUGUGAUGCGGCUGUUCAGUAUCUUGAAGAUUUCAGGCUCCUUGAUGAGUGUGAGGUGAGUGAAGUUGAACUGGCCUUGAAGAGAUUUCGUAUUCAGUACCCCGAUGCUGUGAGGGAGUCUUCUGUUAAAGGCCUUCUCCGAGGGGUUGCUGCACAUCAUGCCGGUUGUCUUCCUCUUUGGAAAUCAUUCAUAGAAGAGCUGUUUCAACGAGGACUUGUUAAGGUUGUUUUUGCUACUGAGACACUUGCUGCCGGAAUGAACAUGCCUGCUAGGACCGCUGUUAUUUCGUCCCUCAGCAAAAGGGGUGAAAGUGGACGUAUUCAAUUAAUCUCAAAUGAACUGUUUCAGAUGGCAGGGCGUGCUGGACGUCGGGGCAUUGAUAAAAAGGGUCAUGUAGUUCUCAUUCAGACUCCAUAUGAAGGGCCUGAAGAGUGCUGCAAGCUUUUCUUUUCCGGACUUGAACCUCUUGUUUCACAAUUUACUGCCUCAUAUGGAAUGGUGCUAAAUCUUCUUGCGGGGGCAAAAGUUAAUUGUAGAUCGGGUGAAACAGAUGACAUAAAAGUUUCUCAAGCAGGACGAACUUUGGAAGAAGCAAGGAAGUUAGUUGAGCAGAGUUUUGGUAAUUAUGUUGGCAGCAAUGUCAUGCUCGCUGCGAAAGAGGAGCUUGCUAACAUACAAAAGGAGAUUGAAAUGCUGACUUCAGAAAUUAGUGAUGAAGCUAUUGAUAGAAAAAGCCAGCAACUGUUAACGAAAAUGGCAUAUGAGGAAAUUGCUGAUCUGCAAGAAGAAUUGAGGGCAGAAAAACGUCUGCGGACCGAACUACGAAAGAAGAUGGAAUUGGAGAGACUUUUUUCUUUAAAACCUCUGUUGAAGGAGUUUGAAGACAGUCAUUUACCUUUCAUGUGCUUGCAAUAUAAAGAUUCCGAUGGAGUUCAACAUUUAAUUCCUGCUGUUUAUCUGGGGGAGGUUAAUUAUCUGAAUGGUUCAAAACUUAAGGACAUGGUUCAUGCCAAUGAUUCUUUUGCUUUGAAUGUAGAAGGAGAAAUUCAUAACAUUGGUGAAAUGCAGCAUGAUGUCAAACCCUCUUAUUACGUGUCUCUUGGUUCAGAUAACUCGUGGUAUCUUUUCACAGAGAAGUGGAUAAAAACUGUUUAUAGAACAGGCUUUCCUAAUGUUGCCCUAGCUCAAGGUGAUGCUUUGCCACGAGAAAUUAUGACAAUACUACUUGGCAAGGAGGGAAUGCAGUGGCAGAAGCUCGCAGAAUCUGAACACGGGGGCCUAUGGUGCAAGGAAGGAUCUCUGGAGACAUGGUCUUGGAGUUUAAAUGUUCCUGUUUUGAGUAGUCUUUCCGAAAACGACGAGGUUUUACAAUUCUCACAAGCAUACCAUGAAGCAGUAGAACGUUACAAGGACCAAAGGAAUAAAGUUUCCCGGUUGAGGAAAAAGAUAGUACGUACAGGAGGCUUUAAAGAAUAUAAGAAGAUCAUAGAUAUGGCUAAGUUUACAGAGGAAAAGAUUCGACGCCUGAAAACUAGAGCAGACCGUCUGAGUAAUAGACUAGAGAAAAUUGAACCAUCUGGUUGGAAGGAGUUUCUGCAGGUCAGCAAUGUCAUUCAUGAAACUAGGGCAUUGGAUAUCAAUACACAUAUGAUAUUUCCCCUUGGUGAAACAGCAGCUGCUAUUCGAGGAGAAAAUGAACUGUGGCUUGCAAUGGUUCUUCGGAAUAAAAUUUUGCUGGAUCUAAAACCUGCACAGCUUGCUUCUGUCUGUGGAAGUCUAGUUUCAGAAGGGAUCAAAGUUCGACCUUGGAAAAACCACAGCUACAUAUAUGAACCUUCCACCACUGUUACAGAAGUCAUCAACUUUUUGGAUGACCAAAGAAGCUCCCUUUUACAACUUCAAGAAAAGCACGGCGUAAAGAUACCUUGCUGUUUGGAUAACCAAUUUUCUGGUAUGGUUGAAGCUUGGGCUUCCGGCCUUACUUGGAGGGAAAUCAUGAUGGACUGUGCUAUGGACGAAGGAGAUCUGGCUCGCCUCUUGCGGCGAACGAUUGAUUUAUUAGCUCAGAUUCCUAAGUUGCCUGAUAUUGACCCGCUGUUGCAAAGCAACGCGAGGACUGCAUCCAGCAUCAUGGACCGUCCACCAAUUAGUGAACUGGCAGGAUGAAAAUUUAUUGGACAAAGGCUGGAUGAGGUUGGGCAUACUUAAACUUCGAUAGCAUUUCUAUUGACUCAGCUGGUAUAAUAUAGUUCAUAUGUGUGCCAUGAGGGCCAUGACGAUGAAUAUGUCUAAGGACGUGGUGGGAUAGUGAAUGAUUAAUCCUUCCAUUGCAGAAGAAGACAUUGCAGAUACACCGCUACUGCUAAACCCUGAUUGGGUAUAUGAGCUGCUGCAAAUAUACGUUUGGGGAGACUUUAUAUGACAGCCAGACAAUGAUGUUUGAAGGUACCCAGCUCUAAGGUACGGUAGCUUAUGACAUGGAGAAGUAUUAAGCGCUAACUCAGAUGUUGGAAAUGCUCAUUAUGUGGUCAUAUGCAAGAUCCAUUGUAGAAACUACGUGUUGUCCAAGUUAUUCAAUUGAUUGCCCUGAAUUUGGGAAAUUGUGUUUCAUCCAUUUUAUACACAAGCCGACCAGUUUUCUUUCCGUUGCCUGGUGGUAGUCAAGAAGAAUGAUACUUCUGGCUUCCGAAUCAUUUGGCAGAAGGGGUUAUACACUUGAGGGUAUUGAAAGUUGACAUCAAUUUUUGAUACUCUCUCUCUCUCUCUCU